AUGUCUACUAUAGAGGACUAUGAAACCGAUAGACCCAUAAAAAAGCAAAGGACUGACAAUAAACCUGAAAUUGAUAGUUCUGACGAUGAAGAGUUGCCUCAAUACCUUUUACAGAAUUCACAGCCGCAUGAUGAAUCUGGCUAUGAUGAUGGAUUUUGUUUAGAUACAGUUAAUAGACAUUUGCUAGACUUUGAUUUUGAGAAAGUUUGUCUGAUAUCCUUAUCGAAUGUCAAUGUAUAUUGUUGCUUAGUUUGCGGCAAAUUUUUUCAAGGCCGUUCGAAAUCAUCUCAUGCCUAUUUGCACUCUGUGAAUGUUAAUCACAGAGUGUUUAUGAACUUGGAAACAGCUAAAACAUAUAUUUUACCUGAUAAUUAUGAAUUAACGUCACAAAAGGCAUUGAAAAAUUUACAGGACAUUAGGUUACUAUUGAAUCCCGUGUAUUCAAAUUCUGCAAUACAGGAUCUUCAUAAAAAAGUACAAAUUGGACACGAUUUGAAUCACAAGCCUUAUGUGAUUGGAUUUAUUGGACUCAAUAACAUCUCUGCCAAUGACUAUGCCAAUGUAAUAUUUCAAGUUUUAAGCCAUAUACCUCCAAUUAGAGAUUUUUAUCUUAACCUAACAUUUCCAGAGAAGACUGAUCUCAAUGAUCGAAUCAUAAGAAAAUCACAAUUGAAUAAUCUUUUUGGAUUAUUGGUGAGAAAAAUAUGGUCAAGUCAUUUGUUCAAAGGUCAUAUAUCCCCUCAUGAACUUUUACAAUAUAUUUCAGGUGCAUCUAAGAAGAAAUUCGGACUUGCUGAGCAGAAAUCACCCAAGGCAUUUAUGAUUUGGCUUUUGAACCAACUACAUAUUCAGCUAAUCAAAAGUACUAAGAGCACAUCUACUAUAUUUUCUAAAUCAUUACAGGGGCUGAUUAAAAUAUCUACUAUCCCAAUAACCACAACAACAAACGAGUUGACGAAAAAAGUAGAUUUUAAGGUUCAAGACAAAGAUAAGGUUACAAACAUACUGAAAUAUUGGGUGUUAUCAUUGGAUUUGCCAGGGAAUUCCUUAUUCCAAGGGACAUCAAAUCAAGGAGAACAUACAUCGCAAAUACCACAAGUCUCCAUUGAACUGCUUCUUGAGAAAUAUGAUGGAAAGACGACAGUGCAGGUUUCUCGCGCUGAAUUAAGAGUUUAUCAAUUAGUGAAACCAUUACCACCUUAUAUAAUGUUUCAUAUUGAUAGAGGUUUAGAUAAUGGCGAGGAAAAUUCUAGAGGUAAUCCGACUGUGGUAAAGUUCCCAUCGGUUAUAGAUAUGUCUCCAUAUGUGCUCGAUCAGGGAGAUGAACCAAUACGCUAUAAGCUCAUAUCUAGCAUUAAACAUGAAUUAAUACCAGGAAUUAAAUUAGAUCAUGGCGAUGAUAAACAUCAGUGGUCUGUUAAUUUAAUCAAAGACCAGAAAACAGAUCAAUGGGUUACAAUAAGAGAUUUAGAAGUUGAAAACUGCGAGAGCGAAUUGAUGUUUUUAGGUGAAAGCUAUAUACAAGUAUGGGAAAAAUGCUAA